GAAACUUUGCUCAUUGGUGCUUACGGAAUUAUCAAAAAACAAAAAUGAUGGUAGGUACAAGCCGGAGGUUGGAGAUAUCAUAGUGGGGCGUGUUAUUGAGGUUGCUCCAAAGCGUUGGAGAGUGGAGAUAAACUAUAGCCAUGAUGCAGUGUUGAUGCUUUCUUCAAUGAACUUACCUGACGGCAUCCAGAGGCGACGAACUGCUCUGGAUGAACUCAACAUGCGCAGCAUUUUUGAGGAGAAUGAUGUCAUUUGUGCUGAAGUUCGUGGUUUUCAACAUGAUGGUUUACAUCUCCAAGCAAGAAGUCAGAAGUAUGGAAAGCUUGGAAGGGGUCAAUUGCUGACAGUCCCUUCUUAUCUAGUGAAAAGACGCAAGCAGCACUUCCAUAAUUUAGAAAACUAUGGUAUUGACCUGAUAAUUGGCUGUAAUGGGUUCAUCUGGGUUGGGGAACAUGUUCAAGUGACAGACGAUAUGGUAGUGGAUCAAGUGAACAAGUCUGAACAAGAUGAUGCCAAACCUGAUGAAAAUUCCUUUAGUCCCGAAUAUCAAGAGAAAAACUACACUCGGCAAGAGACAAGAGAGAACAUAUGCAGGGCUGCAAAUGCUAUCCGCGUAUUGUCUACUUUAGGCUUCAAUAUUACUGUAGAAGUAAUCACGGAGACGGUUGAUUUGAGCACUUCUAUAAAUGUUGCUAUACAUGAAAUGCUCGGUUCAGAGUUCUAUGUUUUGGUUGCAGAGAAGGAGUCUGUAAGGCGAAGCAUGACCAAAAAAAAGUGAUGACUGUGUGUCCACUUGUGAAUUCUGUUAUAAGAGAGUUGUUCGUCCUUAAUCCUUUUCUUUUCUCUUUAUAUUUUACACAAUCAAACGUAUUUUUGGAGAACCAGUGAACAGGAGUUAUAUUGAUGUCUAAAACGUUUGACUACCUCUGAGAAUUGUAUUACUGCUUGUAAAAACAAACAAAAAUUGAAAAUUGUAUUACUGCUUGUAAAAAA